AUGCCUCGCCGCAAGGAACCACUUGACAAGGUAACAAGAGGGAGGAAGACAGCAAAGCAAGGUGUAAGCCUCGGAAGAGUCGAGAAAAACUCAAACGUCAAGAAGUUACAUGAGGCAGCCAACGCCCUUGCUGAAAGAGGCCGACUGACUGCCAAGGAUGAGGUGAUAAUCGAGGAGAUGCGCCUCUACGGCUUCCCUGCGCCCUCGCUCUCCUUACAAGAAGCCACCACCCUCAACCCUCUCCUUGUUAUGCUCCAUCGAGCAAAACAAUACCAGGAGUACCGAAAAGUCAGAAUAAACGAGAAGUUGAUACAAAGAGGUCUUCAAACCCCUACACGGCUACCUCGUCCGCCUCCUGAGCCACUCAGCUACCUCGUACCUGCUCAGCCCCAAUGCACUACUCCAUCCUACCCACCGCUAGCCCCACCUCAAUUUGUCCCGUCUCCCAACCAGCCGCCCCCAACAUCAGGAACGCCAUUCCUCGGUUUCCAAGACGUUGUUGCAUCUGAACCUAUCCGCUACCAGCCUGGGCGCCAGCUGCCAGUGCGGACGCCGGCGCCUGCAACACCGCAAAGCAGUCAUUUUGUUGCUCCAGCGUCGUUUCAUACGACUUAUCCAACUUCUGCCGUACAUGGAGACCCAGAGACUCCAUCACGCCGGCAGUCCGAGCCGCGCGUAAGGCGUAUAAUCAUCGUUGGCAACGAGGUUCUGUCGUUCUUCCUCGGAGAUAUCAAGCCUCCGGUUAAAAAGAUGAAGUAUGGCAACUUCGUCAGCAAGAUCGUCCAUGACUGGGAUCACGGUAACCCAAGUCUUCUGGAAUACCAUGGGGUGCCCAUUCCUAUGCGCCUGUGGCCAAGCGUUCUUCGGAAACCAUUCCCAGACUUCUGGAGAACAAAUACAAAGCAGUUUAGCGAGUUUAAGCUGGUCGUCAGCGUCUAUCGUCUCUACGAAACGGAGGCGCACUUCUGGGCAGACUUUUCAAAGCCAGAAGACAUACCAGGGGGGCAAGGAAGUAAACAGGCAAGGCUUUCUUUCAAGGCCAUAGUCCAGAAAGCUCGUGCAAUCCGACUUUCAAUCAACGAAAAGGAUGUGCGCGCGGCAAUGGAGGCUCAUCUGGUCGAUUUUGACGAGGUUUUCUCGUACCGUCAGGGCAACGAGAAGAAGGUGUACAACACACCUGAAAAGAUUGCCUCCCGAUGGCGUAUGCUACAGGGCUUGCCUCCUCUGUGGGAAGAAGAAGUAGAUGAACGUUUCCUCGAUUAA